AUGUCUACAACCAUUGAAAAGAUCAAGGAGAUCGAGUCCGAGAUGGCUCGGACUCAGAAGAACAAGAAUACAUCGUUCCAUUUGGGUCAAUUGAAGGCAAAGCUUGCGAAGCUCAAGCGAGAGCUCUUGACUCCAUCUGGAGGAGGUGGUGGCGGCGGUGUUGGUUUCGAUGUUGCGCGUACUGGUGUUGCUAGUGUUGGCUUCAUUGGCUUUCCCUCCGUCGGUAAAAGUACUUUGAUGAGCAAGUUGACCGGCCAGCACUCUGAAGCCGCCGCGUACGAAUUCACGACCCUUACAACUGUUCCCGGACAAGUGAUGUACAAUGGAGCAAAGAUUCAGAUUCUUGAUCUUCCUGGUAUUAUUCAGGGUGCAAAGGAUGGCAAGGGUCGUGGUCGUCAGGUCAUUGCUGUUGCGAAGACUUGCCAUUUGAUUUUCAUCGUUCUCGACGUGAACAAGCCCCUAGUCGAUAAGAGAGUCAUCGAGAAUGAGUUGGAGGGCUUCGGUAUCCGUAUCAACAAAUCGCCUCCCAACAUUGUUUUCAGGAAGAAGGACAAGGGUGGUAUCGCCAUUACGAGCACAGUCCCAUUGACCAACAUCUCUCACGAGGUAAUUCCACUGCGAUCCACGUUGUCAGAAAGCUCGACUGACGCCCGAGACCAGGAAAUUAAAGCUGUCAUGAACGAGUACAAGAUCUCUUCGGCCGACAUUUCUAUUCGCUGCGACGCUACCAUUGACGACUUGAUUGAUGUUCUGGAAGCCAAGAGCCGAGCUUACAUUCCAGUGGUCUAUGCCCUUAACAAGAUUGACGCCAUUUCUAUUGAGGAACUCGACCUUCUUUACCGUAUCCCCAACGCUGUUCCUAUCAGUUCGGAGCACGGCUGGAAUAUUGACGAGCUCUUGGAGAUGAUGUGGGAGAAGCUCAACCUGCGGAGAAUUUACACCAAGCCGAAGGGCCGUGCUCCUGACUAUACAGCUCCUGUCGUGCUUCGCGCUUCAGGAUGUACGGUUGAAGACUUCUGUAAUGCUAUUCACCGAACCAUCAAGGACCAGUUCAAGCACGCCAUUGUGUACGGCCGCUCCGUCAAGCACCAGCCCCAACGAGUUGGUCUUGCGCACGAACUUGCUGACGAAGAUAUCGUCUCCAUUGUCAAGCGCUAA